AUGCUUGCAGUCAGUAGAUUAGCAAGAUAUACAUUCCUUAAGCGAACGCAUCCGGUGUUAUAUACUCGUCGUGCGUAUAAGUCUCUGCCUUUAAGAUCCACUUCCCCAAGAAGAUCAUCAUUACAUCAGACACAAGUGCACUCGAAGAUGACUGCUCACACUAAUGACAAACAGCACAAACAUUGCGCCGGCGACCAUGCCUUCAGAAGAACGGACUCUGCCGUGUCGAUUGUGCAUCUGAAACGUGCGCCCUUCAAAGUCACAGUGAUCGGUUCUGGUAACUGGGGGACCACGAUCGCCAAAGUCAUUGCGGAAAACACAGAAUUGCAUUCUCAUAUUUUCGAGCCAGAGGUGAGAAUGUGGGUGUUUGACGAGAAGAUCGGCGACGAAAACCUGACGGAUAUCAUAAAUACAAGACAUCAAAACGUCAAAUAUCUGCCCAAUAUUGAUCUGCCCCACAACCUGGUGGCUGAUCCCAGUCUUUUGCACUCUAUCAAGGGCGCCGACAUCCUUGUUUUCAACAUCCCCCACCAAUUUCUACCAAACAUAGUCAAACAGCUACAAGGCCACGUGGCCCCUCACGUAAGAGCAAUCUCGUGUCUGAAAGGGUUCGAGCUGGGCUCCAAGGGUGUCCAACUGCUAUCCUCCUAUGUCACCGACGAGUUAGGAAUCCAAUGUGGUGCCCUGUCCGGUGCCAAUCUAGCACCGGAAGUGGCCAAGGAACAUUGGUCGGAAACCACCGUGGCUUACCAACUGCCUAAGGACUAUCAAGGCGACGGCAAGGAUAUAGACCAUAAGAUCUUGAAGCUGCUGUUCCACAGGCCUUACUUCCACGUCAAUGUCAUCGAUGACGUCGCUGGUAUAUCCAUCGCAGGCGCUCUGAAGAACGUUGUGGCACUUGCAUGUGGUUUCGUAGAAGGUAUGGGAUGGGGUAACAAUGCCUCCGCUGCCAUCCAAAGACUGGGUCUGGGCGAAAUCAUCAAGUUCGGUAGAAUGUUCUUCCCAGAGUCCAAAGUCGAAACCUACUACCAGGAAUCCGCCGGUGUGGCCGAUCUGAUCACCACGUGCUCGGGUGGCAGAAACGUCAAAGUCGCCACCUACAUGGCCAAGACCGGCAAGUCAGCCCUGGAAGCGGAAAAGGAACUACUUAACGGCCAGUCCGCCCAAGGGAUCAUCACAUGCAGAGAAGUCCACGAGUGGCUGCAAACCUGCGAGUUGACCCAAGAAUUCCCACUGUUCGAGGCAGUGUACCAGAUAGUCUACAACAACGUCCACAUGGAAGACCUACCGGAGAUGAUUGAAGAACUAGACAUCGAUGACGAAUAG